AUGAGGAACAUCCGGGAGAUUUGGCGGGAGUUCUUCGACCUCCCCCUCGACUCCAAGCAGCAGUACGCAAACGACCCCGUCUCCGACGAAGGGUACGGCAGCCGCCUCGGGGUCGAGAAAGGCGCCACCCUCGACUGGAGCGACUACUUCUUCCUCCGACGUGGAAACGUUGGAAGGUAA